GUUGUUAUGUUACUGUGGUAUACGACUAGGGUUUCUACUCAAAUGUGAUCGAAUUUGAUUCUGCAGAUUAAUCUCUCCCCAAUUCGAUAAAAAAAAAAAACGAAACUUGAUUCAUACCCUCAACAUUUAAAAUCCAUGUUCCCAUGAUUCCACUCUAAAUUUUUAGUGGGUUCAAUUCAACCAAUCGAAAUUGAAAAAAUUCCCAAAAUUGAUUCCAUUAUCAGUGGCAUAUAGUAAUGGGUUUGCCAAGAUUUGGUCGUCCAAAGAAUGGUGAUGAAUUGAGCUCAAAUCUAUUUGUAGCAAAUUGUGGAGCAGCUGUGGGAAUUUCUAAUGAUGAUAUUGUUUCUGUUUUCUCCAAAUUUGGUGAACUGAAUGGAGUUUAUGCAGCUGAUGAUAGUGGCACACGUGUUAUUGUAUCUUAUUCUGAAGUUUGUUCUGCUCAAUCUGCUUUAAUGGCAUUACAUGGACAACCUUGUCCUCAACUUGGUGGUCGUUCUUUGUAUAUUCGUUAUUCAGUUCUUCAGCCAAAUCCACAGGAUCAGGUGAAGGACUUAGUUUCUGUAUCCAUGACGGCCUCAGAUCUGAACAUUCCAGGCAUUUACCUAGUGCAUGACUUUGUUAAUGCUAAAGAAGAAGAGGAAUUGCUCCAAGCUGUUGACAGUAGGCCUUGGAAUUGUCUUGCCAAAAGAAGGGUUCAACACUAUGGUUAUGAGUUUUGUUAUGAUAUUCGGAAUGUUAAUACAAAGCGAUGCUUAGGUGACCUUCCCUCAUUUCUUUCUCCAAUACUUGAAAGAAUAUCAUCAUGUCCAGCUUUCAAGAACGUUGAUCCUGAUAGUAUAGUUUUGGACCAACUUACGGUAAAUGAGUACCCACCUGGAGUCGGUUUGUCGCCUCAUAUCGACACUCACUCUGCAUUUGAAGAUUUAAUUUUCAGCCUUUCAUUAGCAGGGCCUUGUAUAAUGGAAUUCAGACGAUAUGAAGAUGGUGAUUGGCGCCCUAAAGUUGCCUCAAGUACUGUUACAAAAGGAGAAAGUCCAGAAGAUGGUUCGAAUUGUAUAAAGAAGGCUAUCUAUCUCCCCCCUAGAUCUUUGGUACUCUUAUCCGGUGAAGGGCGAUAUGCAUGGCAUCAUUACAUUCCACACCACAAGAUAGACAAAGUGAAUGAUAGAGUCAUCAGAAGGGCUUCAAGAAGGGUAUCUUUUACAUUACGUAAGGUUAGAGCAGGUUUGUGCAAAUGUGAAUUUCCUCAGUAUUGCGACUCUCAAAGAUGAGGGUUCGCCGAAAUGGCAAGAAGAAUUAAAAUGUAAUGCAUCAAAAUCCAUCGUUGAGAGUUGCAAUGAAUAUAAUUUGAGGUGGUCAUCCCAUUGAUGAAUCAGAUAUACUCGGAAAGCUUGCAAGCUUAACAACCAAGAAAGGAAAUCAAUAGUUGAUGGGAACUCAUAUGAGCUAAUUUUGCACAGAAAAGUACUUUGGUUUCACUUCUUCAUUUUCUUGUUUCCAGACUUAUCCUGCCAUUUUCUAGUUAUAGCAAUACUUGACUCUAGUUGCAAUUGCAAGUAUACUAUAUUAGCCUUAAAGGAUCAGAUUUAUAGCUAUUUUUGAAUCUGCAAAAAUGCAUAUUUAUAGA